AUGCCCUCUACGCGGUUACGGAAGACGUUUAAAUAUCCAGACUCUCAGAGCGAUGAUGACACUCGUCCGGAAUUAGAUGAGCAAGAACAAGAGGCCUUGAUUGAAACCCUUCGCAAAGAUAAUGAGGCAGGAAAUGCAUUUUAUCAAUUUUUCCUAUCUUUGAUUCCUUGCAUAUCCAGCCUCAUAUUUAUACCCGCAAUUAUAUCUUACAAAUCUGUCUUCUAUGAUAGGGCUUCAGCGCUACUUAGCAUCCUGUCUCUUCUGUUAACAGCCUACUACACGAAAUAUUUUCCAUUACCGCAACGGGAGUCAAGAGAAAGGCACGCUAUAAGCCUAUCGGGGGAGAAAGAAGACCCUGUCAACCGUUUCACUGUAACGGUUAAUGCGGUUCUUUCUCUCUUCCUGGGCCUUGUUGGAUUUCUAGGCUUCCAAAGGAACCCUGACAAUGUAUACCACAUUUUAUAUGUUGUCCCAGCCGUGGUGCUCUUCACAGUCGUGGCGGCUCGAAGAACAAUGGUGUCAGUCGACCUUGUCGAGCUUGAACGUUUGCGAUAUGACUAUAAAGGAGCGUAG